UCGACGUUUCUUUUGUAGUUACUUUCGUGUGUACAUUGUGAGUGAUACAAGCAAAGUGUGGUUAACGUUGAUUGAUUAAAUAAUUAAAAUUGAAGAAAAAAUGGCUUAUGUAGAUAAUAUUGUUCAUCCUCAUAUGGGUAGUGUUUCGGAAUAUACGACCCAGCCGGAUUGGCUUAAUUCGGAGCAGAGUACUGGGACGUCAAUCAUGGCGUGUGAAUUUGAUGGCGGAGUGGUAAUAGGUGCUGAUUCUCGGGCAACAACAGGAGCUUACGUUUCCAACCGUUUCGCCGACAAAUUGACGAGAGUAACGGAUUAUAUUUAUUGUUGCCGUUCUGGCUCAGCGGCGGACACCCAGGCCAUCGCCGAUAUAGUCGCUUACCAUUUAGGAUUGCAUCAGAUGGAGCUCGGCGCGCAACCUUUAGUGGAAACCGCUGCCAACGUAUUCCGCGAGAUAUGCUACAAUUAUCGGGACUCUCUGAUGGCCGGUAUUUUAGUGGCGGGAUGGGACAAGCAAAAGGGCGGUCAGGUCUAUAGCAUUCCUAUCGGCGGUAUGUGUGUCAGACAGCCGAUCUCUAUCGGCGGUUCCGGCUCGACGUACGUGUACGGCUACGUGGACGCGCAGUAUAAGUCCAACAUGACGAAAGAGGACAGUCUCAAGUUGGUCGAAAACACACUGGCGCUAGCCAUGGCUCGCGAUGGUAGCAGCGGCGGUGUCAUACGCACCGGCGUCAUCACGGAAAAGGGAAUCGAGCGGAAAGUCACACUUGGGAAUGAAUUGCCACGCUUCUAUGAGGGCUGAAGACACUCGUUUUGCUAUGUUUAUCUCGCGAUAUAUGAUUAAUAUAAGUUAUACAUAUUUCUAGAAAUUCACGCGCGCACGGGUCAUAUCUGGCGCUCAGUUUGCUAAUUAAAGUUAAAGGACAAAAUGUGAUCGGUCGAUAUGUCGUCUUAUUUCCUGAUAUGUAUCCUGGAAACACGUUUUAUUAUAUUGCCCCCGGCGGCAAACGGAAACACCAUGCAAAAAACAAUAACAUACUGAACUAGAAAAAAAUACCUAACGCUAACUAAUGAGAGAACCUAAAUAGAGAAAAAAGCAAUAGUUCUACCGAUAUCGAUAAGAUACAAUCAUUACGAAAACAAGAUCAUAUCGCGUGGACUUAUCGUUCUUCCAAUUGCAAAGUUUAGAAAGGUUAAUCGGUUGUAUCUGUUUGUUUCCUAUUCGCUCAAUCUCUUGCAAAAAUUUGGUCGCCAGAAAUCGCGGCCCUCAAUUUAUUUGACCAAACACGUAUCCGUACCGCCACUUCUAAAUUUAGGUCGUAUUAUCCACUUGCGAUUCGCCGCCGUUGGGCGUAUAUAUCCGUCGGUCGUUUCGACUCCGUACUUUACCGUUCAUUGCCGGUUUAAUUGGAAAAUUGUCGCAAUGACACUAUCGUGAUGCGAGGUAAUCGCGGGGCAGCGACGUCGACGACGACGACGCUACGGGCUCUCCUCCUUGGGCGGUCGGCCGCGUAAUCCAUCAAGGUAGUCAUCUCUCGGUAUUCGCGAUAGAACCGCCACUAUCGCGCGUAACGUACGAUAGUCACCCUCGUUGUUGACGCGCGCGACCGACUCGGGAAACGAUUCUCCGUACUUCAUAUGUGAUUGAUACUCCGUACCGUACGCAUCGCGCGCCAAGGUGCUUUCUAAAUGGGCAAAGGAAUUGUCGGAGGAGAAGCCAGUAUUAAGAGUUAUAAGAGCGCAAACAAUAGCGUUGCCGAGGAUUACUUCUGCCAACUUGAGAGGAUCGUUGUUAAACGUUGUUAAA